AUGCCGGCGGACAAGGCCGUGGUGGGCAAGGACUCCGGGGGCGUCAUCGGCAAGGACGGCAAGAGUGAGCCACACGGGCGCUGGUCUCGUGAUGCUGGCGCUGGUGUGCGUGCUGAUGCCGAGCCAUCGCCUCCUCCUCCUCCGCCUUCUCCGCCGCCACCGCCGCCGUCACCGCCGCCACCGCCACCGGUAGCUGAGCCGUCACCGCCGCCACCGCCACCGAUGGCCGAGCCAUCACCACCGCCACCGCCGUCGUCGCCGCCACCGCCGCCGUCGCCGUCGUCGCCGCCUUCGCCGCCUGCGCCUCUACUGCCGUGUGAGCCGUGUGGGAUGGGGAGGAUCUCGCAUGCGUCGGCCAACUGCACGGGCGAUCCGCCGAGCUGCGUCAAGCCGGGCUACUGCUUGCCGACAGGUUGUGAACAGUGCGUACCGGGCUCGUUCUCCAACAUCACGAUGGGCACCAACUGCACACUCUGCGCCGUCGGCCACGCAACGUCGUUGCAUGGUGCCAAGGAAUGUUCGCCGUGCUUGCCAGGCAGGUAUGCCUCACGCGAGGGCUGGACAGCCUGCCGACUCUGCCGGGCUGGAUCGUACCAGCCGUACUUUGGGUCGAUCGGAUGCUUCCCGUGCGAGACGGGCGAGUUCUCACACGACGGAGCGUCGAGCUGCUUGCCCUGCCGUGAGGGGACGUACAACAACGAGCGCGGACAGUCGAGCUGCAUCACGUGCGCCGUCGGGUCGUACAAUCCGACACGCGGGGCCAAGUCGCAGUCGGCGUGUCUCCCUUGUCCAGCCGGGUCGUACUGUCCGGACGCGUCUCGGGCAGUUCCGUGCCCGAGCGACCACUACUGCCCAGGCGGACCCUCUGCGCCGCAAAAGUGCCCUGCGCUCAAGGGCUCGGACAGCGGCGCAACGUCGUGCACACCAACGGCCUCGUUUUACAUCAUCAUCGCCGUCUGCGUCCUCGCCGUCGUCGUCUGUGGCGUUGUUCUGUUCAAGUCGCGAACGAGGUCGUGGACGAGGCUGCGGUCGUCAGGACCCGACGACUACUCGUCGACGCCGAUCCCGCUCUCCAACUCUGGCCCGGUCUACGGCGGUUACUAGCUCCUCCCGCAUAAACACGGUACUACUUGCCGA